GAUGGCGCACUCCCGGAAGUGGCGCUCUAGACAGGGUAAUAAAGACAGCGGCGGCCGUGGGGGGAAGGUGUUUGGGGUUGUCUCUCUGUAUACAGUCUCCUCCUUCCCGGCUCCGGGAGCCGUGCCGAACCUUCCCCAAAAGAAGAGCAGGCCAUCAUGGGAGGUGGAGAUCUGAAUCUGAAGAAGAGCUGGCACCCACAGACCCUCCGAAAUGUGGAGAAAGUGUGGAAGGCUGAGCAGAAACAUGAGGCAGAACGGAAAAAGAUUGAGGAGCUACAGCGGGAGCUUCGGGAAGAGAGGGCAAGGGAGGAGAUGCAGCGCUACGCAGAGGAUGUGGGCGCUAUCAAAAAAAAAGAAGAAAAACUGGACUGGAUGUACCAGGGCCCUGGUGGGAUGGUGAACCGUGAUGAGUACCUGAUGGGACGUCCCAUUGACAAAUACGUUUUUGAGAAGAUAGAAGACAAGGAAGCAGGUUGUUCGUCUGAGACAGGACUUCUUCCAGGCUCAAUCUUUGCCCCCUCGGGUGCCAAUUCUCUACUUGACAUGGCCAGCAAAAUCCGGGAGGACCCGCUUUUCAUCAUUCGAAAGAAGGAGGAGGAGAAAAAGAGAGAAGUCUUGAAUAAUCCGGUGAAAAUGAAGAAAAUCAAAGAAUUGUUGCAAAUGAGCCUAGAAAAGAAGGAGAAGAAGAAGAAGAAGGAAAAGAAGAAAAAGCAUAAGAAGCACAAGCAUCGAAGCUCCAGCAGCGACUGUUCUGCCAGUGAGGAAGAUCGUAGCCGUGGAAGGUCUCAGAAGAAGAUGGCAAGUCCUCCUCCUGUUUUGCCCAAAAUUUCAGGUUAUGGCUUACAGAUUAAGGACACUGGCCAUGAUCGGAGACUACCAGGACCUCUGGCAACUGAAGUCGGGGGAGCACACAGGGUCAAGAAUCAUUCUAGGUCACGGAGCGCCUCUCGUUCGCCUCCAAAACACACCAGCAGGAAGGGGUCAUGGGAUGGUGACACACGGGACAAGAGGUCACGGUCCCCUAAACAUAGUAGACAGCACAAUUCCAAAGUAAACAGGAAAGAAAGAGGCCGAACUAAGAGCCCUUCCCCCAAAAAGGAAGGGUAUCAAAGGCGGCAUGCUCCAGGUUAUACCAGAAAACUCUCAGCAGAGGAACUGGAUCGAAAACGGCAAGAAAUGAUGGAGAAUGCCAAAUGGCGGGAGGAAGAGAGGCUGAACACUCUCAAGAGGCAUGAAAAGGAAGAUGAAAGAGAACGGAAGCUGGAGAAGUUAGACUCUCGGGAUGGGAAAUUCAUCCACCAGUUGAAGUUAGAAAGUACGUCCACCUCCUCCUUAGAGGACAGGGUCAAGCGAAACAUCUACUCUCUGCAGAGAACUUCAGCUGCUCUGGAAAAGAACUUCAUGAAGAGAUGAAGCUUGUUCACGAGGCUCUUAUGCUGAUUAUCCUGAGUUUUCUAGGGAAGCUGCUGGCUCCUUAAAGAAUCCUCUUUAUAAGAGUUAAGAUGACUUCCACGGAUGUCAGAUGGCCACUGCUCAAAGUGAUUCUACUCCAGUCAUUCCUGAGAACAGCUAAUGCCCCUCCUAAAACAGGAUGAAGGCCCUGUUGUGUUACAGUACCAGUCAGUUCCUUGGUUGCCUCUUCUGGUGUAUAUUGCAGAGUUGGGGUUUUUCAGUUUCCCAUCUUUGUUUCAGUGCUCCUAGAGAUUCCUACUACUUUGUAUAGCUAUUCAUGGUCCUGACAAUGGUCCUGUAAAUUUACCCUGAACCUGCCUUUUCCAUCAGAUUCAUUCCCUUUCAAUACUCAAACUCCCUUUACAAAUCACUCGUGGACCUCUUCAGCUGAGAAGUAGCAAAUCAAAGGAUAGAAUCAGUGUUCCUGGCUUCUAUUACAAAAUGUCUUGAAAGUUAAUUUGAGACAGACCAGUGCCAGCUUGGGAAGAACCAGAGAAAGAAAAAGGGAAUUCAGGGAGGAAAUCCAGAGAGGUGGAGUAACAAUACUAAAAAGAACCAAAUGAACUUUUAAACUAUUUGGUCUUUAAAAAUUUACAGCAGUAUAUUGUGUAUAUGUACAAAUGUAUAAUUUUUAAUAGUUCUUUUAAAAGUUAUUUUUGUCUAAACAUCCCAUUUGAGAAGUGAUUUUUUGAUAUAUUAUUACCAUAUCAAACUAGAUACCAAAUAAUCCUGUCACACAGGGCAGCUUUCUUUUCUGUGUAGCUGGGAUGGUUUUAACCACUUCCCACAGCGCCUUAACCCAUUUACAGAUGGAUUACUUUAUGUCUCUGAAUGUAAAGUUUAUGGUUCCAGAGGUACAACCAAACUGCCAACAGACCUCCUGGCUUUUAAAAGAAAAUAAAAUAGAAAUUCUGUUUA